AAGUUGAUGUGCACAGCGACAACGCUGGCUUUGGUCCUUCUAUUGGCCACCUGCUACGCCAACGCUGAGGGCGAGAAGAGCUCCGCUGCCGACGAGAAGAAGGCUGAGCCCGAGGCCAAGCCGGCCGAGGCUGCUGCCAGCGAAGACACUACAAAGUCCAAGCGCGGCCUGCAUCACUACGAGGAUUACCAUCACCAUCACCAUCAUGUGCCACACUUCCCCAUCCACGAGGAGAAGACACUGACGGUGAUCAAGAAGGUGCCGGUGCCCGUGCCCAUUGAAAAGAUCGUGCAUGUCCCCGUGGAGAAGCACAUCCACGUGCCCGUUAAGGUCAAGGUUCCAAAGCCCUAUCCAGUGAUCAAGCACAUUCCCUACGAAGUCAAGGAGAUCGUGAAGGUACCUUAUGAAGUCGCAGCGCCAUAUCCAGUUGAGAAAAAGGUUCCUUACGCCGUCCAUGUGCCGUACGAUCGCCCAGUCCCAGUAAAGGUUCACGUGCCAGCCCCUUACCCAGUCGAGAAGAAGGUUCACGUGCCGGUUAAGGUCCACGUCCCAGCACCGUAUCCUGUUGAGAAGAUUGUGCACUAUAAUGUGGAGAAGCACGUGCACGUCGACAAACCCUAUCCUGUCGAGAAGGUUGUCCACUACCCCGUGAAGGUGCCAGUUGACAAGCCCGUGCCCCACUAUAUUGACAAGCCAGUCCCCCACUACGUGGACAAGCCAGUGGCCGUGCCAGUUAUCAAGAAGGUGCCAGUUCCUGUCCAUGUCCCCUAUGAUCGUCCGGUGCCAGUGCAUGUCGAGAAGCCUGUGCCCUAUGAGGUCAAGGUUCAUGUCCCCGCCCCCUACCCAGUGAUCAAGGAGGUGCCAGUCAAGCAUGAGAAACACGUUCCGUACCCGGUGAAAAUUCCCGUGGAGAAGCCCGUCCAUGUCCAUAUCGAGAAGCACGUGCCCGAGUACCAUGAGAAGCACAUUAGCUACAAGGAGCCCGAGUUCAUCCACAAGCACAUCGAGGAGGACCACCACCACGCCCCCAUCUAUCACCAUUCAUCGCACUCACAUCCCAUCGAGGAACAUGAGCCCGAGCAUUGAAAAGCGCAAGCGCACCGGUAAUGAAUGGAAUAGCAGUCGUAAUUAUCCAAACUUCCGAACUUCGAACCGACAUUCCAAGUCCCUUUCCAAAAGAUACGAAACACUACCAUACCAUCCACUCCAUUCCAUAUCAUUCCCGUUCCACUCCAUUCCCCUGAUCAACUGAUUAAUACUUGCUAUGCAGAACGUGAUAAACGAUGAUUGAGAUUCAGAGAAAAUUAGACGAGAAACAGACGAACUUAGUUUUACAGACCGAACUCUCUUCUAGCUCUAAGCCAUAAACUUAAACAUAAACAUACAA